AUGAAUUUUAAUAAUUCAAAAUAUGAUUCUAUUCGAAAUAGUUCACCAACAAAAGAGCAACUUAUAAUUAAAGGUAUUCAACAAGCAUGGAAUCGUCGAUUUUUAUCUAAUAUUCAUUCGGGUGUUCGAGUAAAAAUACAGCAACAAAAAAAUAAAAAUUCAUCAUUAAUUGAACCAAUACAUAAAGAUAUUCAUUAUCAAUCAUUACCAUCAUCAUUUAAACAAACAAAUCCUAUAGAAUCAAUGCUUAAACGUUUAUGGAUUGAAUCAGAAACAUCAACUUUAAGUCAAAAUGGUCGAAAAUCAUUAGAAAAAUUUCAACAUUCAUCAUUAACUUCCGAUCAAAUGAAAUCUAUUUUAAAUAAUAAUCUUUUUACAAAAAAAAAUUCAUUAGGCAUAAAUUAUAAAAAUAUAAGUAUGAAUAGUAUUGGUAUACAAACAAAUAUAAUAAAACGAAUUGAUCAACAAACAUCAUGUAAUAUUCUUAGACUAAGAAAAACUUUUAGCAAGAAAAAUCGUUCAUCAUCUUCAUCAACAGUUUCAAUUUCUAAAACAUCUGUAUCAGAUGACAAUUCAACAUAUACAAAUAGUACUUCAAUAGAAACAUCAACAAUUACUAGUAGUUCUACUGUUAGUACAAAAGAAAAUCAUCAUUAUUAUAAUCAAUGUAAUAAAAAUCGAAAUAAUAAUGCUAUUGAUACUGAAAACGAACAAAGCUUUAAUCAUAUCGAAAUAAACGAAUUUCAGACAGAAAAAUCAUUCAAACAACAAUUGAAUAAUGAACAACUAUUGCACGAUAUAAGCAUAAACACGCAAUGUAAUCCUCAACCAAAAUCAUCAACAGUAUUAUCGACAGCAAAAAACCGAUUUUUUAGUACGUUCUUAAAUUUAUUUUCUUAUCUUCGAUUAUCAUCAUUUAAACAUGAUCGUAUUUGGAUAUCAACAACUACUGAUGAAACUUCAAAAGUUAUUCAUAUUGAUCAAAAUGAAGAAAAUAAAAAUAUUCGAUCACCAACUUCUCGUUGUCGACGAUCUACAGCUAGAAAUUCUAAUUAUAGUUCAUUAAUCGAACCAGAAAAACAUUAUUUACAAAUAAAAUCCGAAGACAAUUCGUCAUCGAAAUUUAAACAUUCAAAUAAAAAAACUUCAAAUAAAUCAAAAUCAAUAAGAAAGCAAUGCCAACAAGUAAAUAAUUCGAAUUUAUCUAUUGUUGAUUCUGAACAUCGAUCAAAGAAAAAUUUAAAUAAUAAUAAUCAAAGAAAAUAUUCGUGUAGAAAAGAAAAUUAUACUAAUCAACAUAAUGAGCAUAGACAUCGUCAUCGAAAAAAACGAAAACAUAUUCGUAUAUCCAACAGAUCAUCUCAAAUGAAAAUUUUAUCAAGUUCAUCUAUUGGUAUCGGAAUUCAACAAUUAUCAUCUGAUGAUAAUUAUUCAAAAGUGCUUGUUGAAGAAAGUAUAAAAUCAUCUAUUUGUAAUAUGGAAUGUUCCAACAAUACGUGUUUAUCAUUACAUGAUGAUGUCAAGCCAACAUCCAUUAGAUUUCCUGAUAGUGAAAACAAUCAAUCACACAAAGAAAUCAUAUGUCGUGAACAAGAAAAUCUUUCCACAAAAUCUAUUGAUAAUCAUUCAGCAGAAAUUGUUCCAUGUAUAACAAAUAAUUCAAUCUGUCAAUCUAAUACUUUACCAUCAUCAUUUGAAAAAAUAGUAAAUGAUAAUAAACAAUAUUUUUUUAAUCCAAAAGAUUCAAUACGUUUACAUGUCAAAAAUAAAAAUUUAAUUUCAACAUUAUCAAAAUCGAAACUAUCACUUUCAUCUAUCUAUCAUGUUGAUGAUUCAAUAGCAUGUCAUCAAAGAAAUAUAGUCAAUGAAUUUAAAUCAAUUCUUCAACAAACAAAAAAUAUUCAUAUGAAUAAUAAUGCUUUUGAUCAUGAUUUAACAAUUAAUAUUUCUCCUCCAUUAAAAAUCGAUACAAAAGAAAUAUUAACUUCAAAUAAAUCGAAUAUACAGCCAAUAUUUUGCUCAAUAACAAACCGAAAUGAUAAUAAACCUGAAAGUUCAUCUGUUGGUUCUUCAGAUAGUGAAACAAAAUCAAUUAAAGAUAAUCCUGUAGAAAUUCAUAAAAUAAUACAACAUCAAAAUGAAAUUAUUCGAGAAGGUGUUGAACAAUUAAUGCGUUAUCAAAAAUUAUGUGAAUCAUAUAAAUUAACAAGUAAUAAAGCAGUUAGACAAUUUCUUAUGAAAUCCACAGUUUUAUCUCCAGAGUCUCUUUAUAAAUUAUCAAUUAUCAAUGAACCAAAUUCAACACACCAAAUAAAGAGAAAAACAAAAUAG